AUGAAAAUAUUAAGUAUUGUUGUAUUGUAUCUUCCAAUGUUGUGUCUGACCAAUAUUAUAUGUCCUCCUGGAUGUCCAUCAACUUGUAUCGCCAAUUACACAUGCAGAAAAUCUUGUUCGAUUGAAUACGAUAAUGACAAUUCAUGUAAUCAAUGUUAUAGAACUGAUCCAUAUGACAACAACUCACCAGUUUUUAUAAUGGACGAUGAUAUGGUUUGCCAUAAAUUUCCACAGAAAGUAGCAGUUAAUGCUGUAUCACGUUGGUUACCCGAAGAUAAAUAUUUUACCUUACUACACUUAAAUGUAAUUGCAAAUUACACAUUCGAUGAACAAUCUAUUGUCGAUAGUUCUUUUUGUUAUCACGAACACAAAUAUAGAGUGGGUAAAUGGUAUGCGUUUGACUCAAAUGAAAUGACUAAAGACCACUUUAAGAUUACAUUAGAAAAGACAGAUGUUAAUGACAAACAAAUGGAAUUACAUUUGGAUGGAACAAAUUCACCUUACUACUCAUAUACACCUCAUUGCUAUGUACACUUCUACAUCAACUCGACUUCUUAUAUAACUUCAGGAACCUUUCCUUUAAGAAAGAACAAUGGAGAAGAUGCCAAAGAUAAAUAUUUGUAUUACUUUUUUGCGUCUAUUCCAACUUAUACCAAAAAAAUGUCGUUUUCGAUUUUAAUUGAAGAAGUGAACGGACUCAAACUUGAACCAAAUUUCGAUUUGACUCAAAACAUAUUUGAUUCGCUUUCUAAAGACUUAACAAAAAAAUUGAAAUUUCAAAUCCCGUUUGAACAAUAUGGGAUUUUUACCAACUCGGCCUAUAUGCAAAAUGUCUUCAUGAAAGCCAUUUUGUUUACUUUACAGUAUGAAGGAGAUGGUUCUGUUUUUAUUGAUACAAGGGAUGAUAAUCGUAUUGUUUACAUGAACGAAUUAGAACUUGAAUAUGACGAAAAUGGCGAUUUCUUAAAGCGGUCUUGUGUUCGACUUAUUUCUGGCAAAAAAUUGGAUUCAAUUGAACAAAGAGAAAAGGAGGGGGAAGUUGGUCAACCAAAUGGAAUACAUAUUAAAGUUCAGGGUGAUGGUAAAAAGAGAUACUUUUCAUUCCUUUCUCAAGAUUACAGAGCAGAAAUAACAAUGGCAUUAUCGAUAAUAUGUCCAAAUGAUUGUAAUGAGGAGAGUGGUUUUGGGAGGUGUGAUAUAAAUGAAGGAAAAUGUGUAUGUGAAGAAGGGUAUGGAGGUGAUGACUGUCAUUUGUUGUGUUAUUACAAAAACAAAUGGCAAAUCACAGAUAAUGCCAAUUUAUGUUACUUUGGUUCAAGAGACUGUGACCAAUAUUGCAACUGUAAUAAUGGCAAAACAUCUUCUAAUAAUCUGUGUGUGACUUGUGAAUGUGCAAAAGGUAAACUAGGAAAUGGGGAUGAAUGUAUAAGAAACAGUGAAGGUUGCGAUAGUGGUGGUGUAAAUUGUAACAUCACGUGUCAAUGUUUCGAAGGUUACGAGACAAAUCCAGAUGAUAAAUUGAGUUGUCGUCAAAAGGGAUUAUCUGUUGGAGUUAUAGUAGCCAUUGUCAUAACAUCAGUUAUAUCAUUUUUGGUGUUAUGUGGGAGUUUAUCAUUUAUAGUUACUUGUCUACUAAAAUACAAAAGAAUUGAUAUUAAUAUAUACAAAACACAACAACCAAUUUAUCACUUCUAUAUUAACGGAGCAACUAAAGCAUGUGGUUACAAGUUCUCAAGAUAUAUGAUUGAACCAACUCGUCUUGGCUUUGGAAAUAAAAAUAAACUCACUUCUAUUGGAGACACUCGAUUCGAAAAAAUUGAAGUCAAAAAUUUAUCUAAAAACAAAUGGAUGAUGGUUAUAUUCCACACUUCAAACUCUCCAAAAUACACGUUUUAUUUUGAGCCACAAGUUCUGUAUAUCCGCCCACGAAUGGCAUCAACAUAUACCAUAACUUGUUAUAUGACAAUCCAUUGUACAACGAGAAUCAGAGAUUUAAGAAUACCAUAUUCAGUCUGGUUUGCACAUUCCAAAAGUACAUUGAGUUCCAUCGCCGAUCUUUUGAAGAACAAAAGCUUUGAUAACUGGACUGAAGAUGACAAGAAGAAGAUGGCUAUUUUGUGUAAAAAUGUGAAAAGACGGCAUUACGAAAAUUUUGUGAUAACCACAGACGCAAUGAACGGUGAAUAA